CGGCUGACUGCACCGAGUUGUAAGGCUUCGCGCAUAAAGUCGACUCAGCAGUGCUCACGAUCCUGCUAAUCCUUAUUUCGAAAAAGAUUCUCUUACAACUAGAGUAGCGUUUGGUCAACAGAUCCCCUUCAGCUACUAUGAUCUCUCUUGUUCCCACACAACGCCUUGUCCUGUUCCUUGCACUUGCGACGUCGGCGUGCGCAUACAGCAACCACCUCUGGCACGUAGAUUUUGACACCUUUGGGAAAUGGAAGAUAAUUCAAGAAGAGGAAGAAUGCUGGGAGGCAUACCGAACUCUCAACAAGUCUCCUUACAACUCUAAUUCAACUGCGCUCGUCGACUGCAUACUCGCCAAGACCGACGAAGUCACAAAGUCCGAAUUCGGCGUUGUAGCCGUCAUGCUUGGUCUACUUCCUGGGGUGCUGCAACUCAUAGGCCCUAAACUCAGCGACCUCGCCAUCCUCGCUACCCGAAGACCCAUUCUGGCACUGUUUCUAACGGUCGGAUCGCCGUGUCCAGCUCUGGACUACGAGACCACAGGCAUGGAGUCUCUUCUCGCCGAGGACUCGCCGCCUUUCUGGCCCGCCUGGUUGAGGACGCGACGGCCAUGGUUGAGCGUUGUAAUUUCUCUCCUAGAAUACUUUGCGGUUAUGGUGGCCGCUGGAAAUGUGGUGUAUCAUUUCUACCGCCUUACAUUCUAUGCUGUCGUCUUGAUCAGCACCCAGAUGGGGCAGUACGGCGGUACGCUAGAAGCCUUUGCGCCGCUGCUCUGGGCCUUCAUUGGUAUCCCUAUACACUUUCUUGGCGUCUUGCAACUACGUUUGUGCCGCGUUCCUUUGGCAGACGAUGCUGCAUCGGCACGCCCGCGGAACAAAACCUCGUUAAUCUCCCUCCUACGAAAUGAAAUCACUCCUUGUGCCUUCGCGACAGACAUCGAAUCCGACGAAAUCAAACUCCAAAACGGUCCGACCUAUCAGAUUCUCAACUGGCUGAUCAGGCUUUGCAUUUGGGCUGAUGUCAUUUACGGGAUCAUCGUUCUCUCGACCAUCCUAUUCGUCCCCAUGUGGAGCGCUAUUUGGAUGAUUGGUCUUAUAUUUACGGGGACACUUGUUUGUAGGUUAGUCUUGGCCUUCGAGAUGCACGGGUUGCGUGAGGUGCCAAAGGUGUAUGGGAAAGCCUCAAAGGGAUCCAUGGAAACUGGUUAUGAGAUGGCACGGUUCAUGCCUGAGAAUGGAAAAGCGUCAUCGCAAGAGCAUACCUUGCCUCUGUUGCAUCGCUGAUCUAAAAGGGGUCAAGCAGAAGUAGAGAGCGCAACGUUAGUUCAUGCGUGGUGCUUGAGGGCAACGGAUUUCUGCUACACGUACAACGAUGAUACAAAGCAACGUUUUUACGAAUCUAGUAAGCUAUAAUUGUACUCAAACUACACUAUCUGAAAACC